GCACCAAAAAGUUUGACCCCCCCCGGUGUUCGGUGACAAAGCCAUGGCGGCUGCUCUUGUGUAGUCGAGCUCUUCGCUCUCACGCCAACUCCACCGUCAGUGACGUAGACAUCACGUGUCCGUCUCUUCCCUCGCUACGUCCGCCGUGUUUUCCUCCCCUUCGCUGGCUGCUUUCACACUGGAACCACUCGAAAUAAACAAGCCCGAGACGAAGGGGGUGGUCGCGGUCGCCAGCAGCCGGGUUCCAGCGUCUUGCCACCGGCCGAUGGACCGAGCAGCUCCCACCUUGAAGUUACCAUCAAUGAGGCGCAGACCGCCCGUCAAUUACUGGUUCCGCUGAGCUCCUGUGGUUGAAAACUUCUGCGUGCGUAUGUUCCGACCACGGCGAGUUUUGUUCUCCAGGCUGCCAUGAGAGCUACAAGUUGACCUAUGGACAUGCUGUGUGCUCUUCCUCCCUCCACGCCUGGCCUAUAGGCUACUAGCAGCGGCCCAUCCUCCCAAUCACACCCCACUUGCAGCCAUUAGAGCACCCCUCCCCGCUGUGUGGCCACACUAUGGCCAGCAAAAGGAAGUCCACUAUACCUUGUAUGAUCCCCAGCAAGAUCAUACACCGAUCAGAGGAUGUUGAACCGGACAUUCCUGUUCUUCAGCGGCAAACAGCGAUUUCUGGAAGGGGCACACAUAGCCCUGCAGACUUUCCUAAGACCGAGGCAGCUGACAUUGUCUUUGAUGACAUAGGGACCUAUAUUUGCAAGCCUUGCAACUUUGAAACCUAUGACCUUAAUUUGUUCUUGGACCAUGUAUACGCUGGACACCCAGAAUUCCGUUCAGACCCGAGUUUCCUCUGUGUGAACUGUGGGUUUUCUGCGCUUAAAUUUGAGGGCCUGGCUCUGCAUAAUGCCAGGAUUCACCCAAGCACAUUUAACAGCCCUCUUCAGCUGAGAAAGAGGGACAAGAGGGUAGUAGUAGAACAGACUAUAGUAACUGGGACGGACGAGGGGAAGGAUAAUGAAAUUACCUUCACUAAAACCCCAAUCAUGAGGAUGCUAAAAGGCAAAUCGGAGCUUAAACGAAUUGUAAUGUCCCACGCAGUUUCUUACGAUCCUUCCUCUGACCCACACUCCAUCUCCAGCUCUAAGGAACCUGAGAGGAAAGAGAAUUCGGUUGCAGUGGCCCAUGUACCCACAAUCAUCCACAAUGGAACCACUAAGGUCACGCUACCUUCAGCAAUCCAGAUAGUCAACGGCUCUGGAGCGUUACCUGUGCUCAAAAGCCCCAUCACACAGGUCGUUUCAGUUCAGAACAAAAGCCUGCAUCAGUCUUUACCCAUCACAACUUUCCCAGAUGCCUCAUCUUCCAAAAAUCUCCCUAAGGUGAUGAUUCCUCUGAGCAGCAUCCCCACCUACAAUGCUUCAAUGGACUCCUCCUCCUUUUUGAAGACCUCUUUUGGUAAAUUCCCAUAUCCUACAAAGGCAGAACUUUGCUACCUGACUGUGGUCACAAAGUUCCUGGAGGAGCAAAUCAAGAUCUGGUUCACAGCGCAGAGACUCAAACAAGGGAUCAGCUGGUCCCCUGAUGAGAUUGAGGAGGCCAGGAGAAAGAUGUUCAACACCAUCAUCCAUACUGCAUCCACCAGCACACAGAAUCAGUCGCAGAGUCGCCCAGGUCCCACUCAUCCAACAAUCACGUUCCUGGGGGCCACUGGGAUUCCUCAAAUUCUGCAGGGCUCUCUUGUUAGCCAAGGGGGAGUAAUCGUCACUCAGCCCGUGGUGGCUAAUGGCAUUCAGGUCAGUAGCGCCCCUGUGGCACUGGCUGUCACACCCAAGCCCCAGGCAGCAGCCCGGCCCAUGAUGCAAGCCCGACCUGCUGCAGCCCUAGUAGCCGACAAGGGCACCACCAUGAUUGUGGGGGCGGUGGCCAGCAGCAGUACAGGGAGCAAUGUCAUUAGCAGCAGUAAAAGUAUCAAGAGUGGGGGAGGGGUUGCUAGCAGCGUCAUUAGUAGCAGCAGCCAAGCCAGCAUUAUCAACCUCACUCUGGGCAGCAAUAAUCUCGGCAAUGCAAAGGUGAGCAACGUCGGCACGAAACACAAAAGUGCUAAUGGCAGGAGCAAUAGUAACACAAGCAGCCAUGCCAAUUCUGCUCGUGAAAGCACUGUUGCUAAGAACCCCAAUGUCAUCAAAACUACCAAUACAGGCGUCGUGCUGAGCGAUAAUAAAGAUGGCAAAAAGCUGACGGACAGCAAGCCUUCACAUGGCAGCAACACAACAGACAACAAUGGACUGAAGAGCAAAGAUGUAAAGGGUAAUAAAAAUGACACCUCAAGCACAAGAGCAGAUGAUGUGGACCUCGGUGACUCCUUCAAAAUGGAUGAGGCCUCCUCCCCUUCUUCCAAAUCCUCCUCGCCAUCUCUAGCCGUGGGCGCGUCCAGCAGCUCCCUGAGCUCCCGCAGCAUCAACGCAUUCCUGGAUCCCACUUUUUUCAAGGGCAAGAAGUCUCAGGAGCAGCUCAACACUCUCAAGGAUAGUUUCCUGUGCAACCAGUACCCCGACCAGGAGGAGGUAGAUCGCCUCAUCUCUUUGACCGGGCUUACCGUGCGAGAAGUACGCAAGUGGUUCAGUGAUCGACGCUACCACCUUCGCAACCUUAAAGGCCCGCGCUCCAGCACAGGUGCUCCCAACAAGUCAUCAGCAGGGAGCGGCGCGUCAGGGGGCGGAGACACAGACAGCCCCAGCCCUAUGGAUCUAUCUGAAACCAGCAGCAAUGGUGCAAAAACACCCCAGCACAGUUCUGCUCCUCUGAGCCCGACCUCAUCGGCACAUACUCCCACCUCUCCCACCACUCCCUCACGCAGACUACCCAGAUCACCGUCUCCUGAUUUCACAGCUGUCCGUUACAAGGAGAGAGAACCCCACCAGAUAAAGGCGCUGGAGGCCAGCUUCGCCCUGGAGCCUGAGCCCUUAGCAGAAGAAGUAGACCGACUGCGAGGUGAGACCAAGAUGACCCGGAGGGAGAUCCACAACUGGUUCACUGAGCGGAAGAAGAAAGCUGCAGCAGCUGAGAAAAGGAAAGAAGAAGCACUGCGAGCGCUGAGAAGAACCGAAGAGGAGGCGCAGGUGGAAGUUGAAGGGGAGGAGAGACUAAACGACGAUGCUUCUGGAGAACUCAAAGUCAACCCCAUUAAGAUCAACCUGAAGAUGCUGAAGGUGACCGAGGCCAAUGGUAAAUCGGAGAGUGAGGCGGUGGACUGCCCCAAUCUCAGCACCUCCGUUAACCCCGCGCCAAACCUCGCCCCCAAACCGUCACACUCCCCCAAACCCACAGUCCUGCGAGGCAAGAAAACCGCAGAGCAGCUGCACCUGCUCAAGCAAGUCUAUGCGCGGACGCAAUGGCCCAGCGCCGCUCAGUACGAUGAUCUCCUCUCGGGCACGGGGCUGCCCCGCCCCGACGUGGUGCGCUGGUUUGGGGACUGUCGCUACAUGCAGAAGAACAGUCAGCUCAAGUGGCUGGACGCCUACCAGAAUAUGGCCCUGCAGGAGGACUUGCAGGAGGAGAACGUGCACGUCCUCCAGGCCCACCUUGAUGGCAGAGGAAGCCAGGAGGAGUCCCAGUUACAGGAACUGGCCAAGGCUACUGGCUUGACGGCAGAUCUGGUGCGACACUGGUUCGCCACCAGAGCCUCUGUGGCUGAAAGGGAGCAAACCUCAGCAGUGAAGCCCCAGCCGCCAUCUUCUGCAGGCUCCUCCCCCUUGGAGCCACAUCCAAGAGGAGGGAGGAAUGAGAAAAUAGAGCAGUCGCUGUGUGGCGUCGCGAGCCAAGCGGAGGAGGGCGAUACGGGCAAGACUGAGCGUCCUACUAAAGGAGCAGAUUGAGGAGGCUUUUUCUAUGCCUUGGUGGUCUUUGAGGAGCUGCAGAAAGGAUGACUGGAUGGGAAUGGGCCUUGGAACCUUACCCCCCCCCCCCCCUUGAAAGGAUAGGUGGAUGUGACCUCACCCUUUUGAGCUGGACACAAAAACCUUUGGCCCCACCCCUCACUUCCUGUUUGGUCUCCCCCCUCUCCUUCAUGCCCUUUCCAAUAUCCUGCCAUCUGCUGUGUUCUGUGUAGAAUGUUCAAGUAGAAAUGGUGUUUAUGGAAGUAAAAAAGGCUAGAGUAUAAGUAGCUUCCACAGAUUUUGAUCAGUUGUGAGGCGAGGGGGUCAACAGUUGUAGACGAGGCUUGUGGAGUGUGGCGCUGCUGAUUCACUGUAGUUUUCUGGGUGUUUCCUGAAGCCUUAAAAGUAAAAUCAUCAUCUUGCACUCACUCACUUUGGACUCUGGCAACUGACAUGUGAAACGUGCAAGUUGGGCCUCUUAGCAUCUUACAAAAACAGAGCACUGAUGGAUAUUUGAGCAAAGUUGCUUUUUUGGGGGGGACAUUUCCUCCUCAUGAACCAAUUUAUGUCUAACUAGGAGGUGGAGUCUUUGUGCCGUAGCUUCAAGUGCUUCUUGAUGUCGAACAUUUUUAAUGGAACUUUCUUACAUAUGUUUUGACAGUAAAAGAACAGAACUUUUCCAGAGUUCUCUACUUAGGUUUAAUGUAUCAUUUUUACAGGUGAUAUUUGCAGAAUAAACUGAAUGUAAUUGUUUGCUCCAUGGCUCAUUACUAGUAAAAGUCAUCACACCCUACACCUCACAUUAGAGCAUGUAAAGGAUCAUGCACAUGAAAUAAGACAAAAUUGUAUAAAGUAUUUUAUUGACUUCUCAGGUUUGAAUGUUAUGAAAGGCAAAAUUAAAAUGAAUAUGUCUUCUCUGUCCAUAGUUUAGGCACGUUACAGAAAAGGCGACAGCGUUUGUGAUGAAACAUGAGAAAACAAAACCGACGUGUAUGGACCCUACUCAGCCAUCUAUGCACCUGUUGGAUUCUGACCUCUUUAAAUCCAUCACUGCAAGAACCAAUCACACAGGAGUUUGCCCUUCUAAAAAAAAAAAAAAAAAAAAAAGAGGGCAUCAAGCAAUGUCUUUCAUGCAUUGUUGGGACCUUAUCAGUCAAAACAGGGGCAACUGUACCAUGUAGAGGGACUUUUAGCAGUAAUGAAGCAUGAACAAGAAACCAUGACAAGUGGCAAGAAAUAUAACGCACACUUCUGUCUUUCAGUUUUAACAACCCCUGCUCUCACCUCAUAGCGUAUGGCUUAGGUGUGUCCCAGUGGUCCAACACUGAGCAACAAUACUGAGUUUACAUUAUCAAUACAUCACAUAGAAAACACUUUCUGAAACAGAGUUUUAUACAUACAAGCUUCAUCUUGGCCCACUGAAGGCACCUUGACAUCCAACCUAGUUGCGCUCAACCCACAAACAUGUGAAAAGGCGGAAUGUGAGUAAAUGAAGACAGCAGCCAUGCGUAUACAUUUCAAUCUCGAUCACUGACAUAACACUGGACAUGAUGGCAGCUGCAACAUUUUACAUUUAAGUGGCGGAGUUAAAAUGGCAUGUUUUUCCUCAAAUGGUAUCUUUGUGAUAAAAAAUAAACAUGUAGCAGUGACAUAUUCGCUGACACAGCAUAUUAAAAACAGUGGAGUGUUUUCCGAUAGAUUUGACACUAAACCGGCUGUGAAGAACUGAAAUAAAGACAAUAUGGCUUGCUAACAGCAUCACAAUAAUUUUGUGAGCACACAUA